AUAAAAAAUGAUGAUUAAAAAUAUACUGUAUAAAACAGAGAUGUUGCAUGAGCCCUCCUCAGUUCUGCUAUAUUAGAAAAAAAAAUCACCAUUAGCUAGCUAGCUGUCUAAAUCAAUGGCAGAUCAAGGCGACAUCCCUCUUGGGGAGACUUCUUCUUCACAUAAUCAGGUUGGACCUACCCAACCCUCUCCUAGCAACCCUGAGCAACCUCCCCCUGUAGGACAGCCAGCUACCCAACCUCUACCACCAUUACCAUACCCUGCCGGGCAACCCGGACAGCCUGCUAGCCAACCUCCACCACAAUUACCAUACCCUGCCGGGCAACCUGGACAGCCAGCUGCUGCUCCCUACCCUGGUCAACCGGCCCAUCUGGAUGCUGGUCAUCCCCCACAACAAGCAGGUGUUUACCCACCACCACCACCAGGUCCCCAGCCACCCCCUGGAGCAGGGUAUGGAGCUGGGUUUGCUGGAGCGUUUGCAGGAGCACUGGGCGCUGCACAGCAGCCACAGCAGGUGCAAUGGAUGGCUGCCCCCACUGAUGCCCCCAGUGACUGCCCCCCAGGACUAGAAUAUCUCAUUCACAUCGACCAAAUCCUCGUCAACCAGCAGAUUGAAAUAUUUGAGAUUAUCACCAACUUUGAGACGGAGAACAAAUAUCGUAUCCGUAACACUCUAGGACAGCAGGUCUACUUUGCUGCAGAAGAGUCAAGUGUGUUCCAGCGGCAGUGCUGUGGACCUGGUCGUGCAUUUCAAAUGAGCAUCACUGACAACAACAACAAGGAAGUGAUGCGCUUGGACCGUCCUCGUCGUUGUCUGCCAUGCUACUUUUGCUGCAGCUGUUGUUCUCCUAAUGUGAUAGAGGUGCAGGCCCCUCCAGGCAAUGUGGUCGGCUACGUCAAGCAAGACGGCCUGGGAAUAAUCCGACCUUGGUUCUUUAUUCAGAAUGCUGACGGGGAAACCAUUCUCAAGAUCAAGGGACCUGUGCUCGGUUGUGCUUGCUAUGCUGAUGCCAACUUUGAGGUGCUGUCAGCUGAUGGCCAGACCAAUGUGGGGCGCAUCAGUAAGCAGUGGGGAGGACUGGCCAAGGAGUACUUCACUGAUGCCGACAACUUUGGAAUACAGUUUCCCAUGGACCUUGAUGUCAAGAUGAAGGCUGUGAUGUUGGGAGCAGUGUUUCUCAUUGACUUCAUGUUUUUCGAGAGUGCUGGUGGAGGGAACCAAAAUGGUGGACGUCGCGCCCACUAUUAAUGAGAUAAGAGAACAACAAAAUAUACUUUUGAAGCCAGUAUAUAUACAUGGGCCUACUGAACAGACUUUCUUUUUAAAGCUUUUAUUCUGUUUAUACUAUAAUACUUUUGUAUAGUUGUCUACAUUUAAACGCAGGUAAUUUUAUUGACUAAUUGCAUGCAAACAACCAUCACUCCGAGCGAAGGAGGCAACAGUCAAA